CCUACCUACCGUUUACAUUAUUUUGAUGUUCGUGGAAGAGGGGAAGGCAUCCGACUUCUGUUUGCAGCUUCAGGACAAAAAUAUGAAGAUAAAAGAUAUACUCGCGACGAAUGGAAUCUGUUCAAACCACGGACGCCUUUUAGUCAGAUGCCAGUUUUAGAAAUUGAUGGUAAACUGUAUGGACAAUCUGGUGCCAUUGGACAAUAUUUAGCUAGA